CUCUCUCUCUCUCUCAAACCCCCAGAAAAAACUCUGAAACACCGCCACCCGCCAUGUAUGGACAGAACAGUAACGAAUUUUCCUACGCCUUAACUUCCGAUUUUCUUGGCCAGUUUUCUGUUACACCACCAUCGGCCUUCCCUUUAGCUCCAUUGCCACCACUUCUGAUCAUUCCCGGCAACGAGUUCGACUCGGUGUCGGGGUUGAAAUCAGAGUUUGGUUACAGUACUAGUAGUGGGUGCAGUAGCUAUGGCUCGCCGAGUUCACUUACAAGCUAUGGGACGACGACUCAGCAGCCGAGUUUGAUACAGAGGAGUGUGAGCAGUCACUCUCUCCAGAAGAACGUUAAUGGAUUUCACCAACUCGUUUCUUCUCCCACUGAGUACCUUGACUUGGAGACAAGUCCGGUGAGGAGGGUGGUCAGCACCGGAGACUUACAGAGAAUUAACAUGGUUCAACAUAAGCAACUGCCAGAGAGUCCAUUAUCCACCGAGAGCAGUAUCAUUGAAAGUAUGACCAAAGCUUGUCGAUACAGUCCGGAGGAGAAAAAGGAGAGAAUCGAGAGGUACAGAAGCAAGAGAAAUCUGAGAAACUUCGACAAGAAGAUUAAGUAUGCAUGUAGGAAGACAUUGGCGGACAGCAGACCCCGUAUCAGAGGGAGGUUUGCGAGGAACGGUGAGAUUGAAAAGACGCCUGAAAAUGAUCAAUGGAGUCAUGUAGGUGGAGAGGAAAACGAAGAGGACGAUGAUAAUUGGAUCAAUUUUCUCGAUGCUUUCUCAGCAAAUCUAAUUCCUUAAUAUGUCAAAAGAGUUCCAAAGUUUUUUUUUAAUGUUUUUGGAGCUCUGUUGUGGCAGUAUUAGUUGUAAUGUUUCUUAUUUUAUAUAUUAUGGUGUUAUUUCAAGAGUUUUCUGGCUCAAAAAUUGUACAUAUAGUUGGUUGCAUUAUUAUUUUUAUCAUAUA